AGCGAACUCGAUUUGGUUGAAUUUGGUUUGGUGGGAGGAUUCAUACUGUAGCACUAGUUUAAGUCCACGUUAAAAGAACAGAACGUGAACAGUAUGGACGAAUUUCAAUUUAUUGAAUCGCUAGAUGCGCUGCUGGCCAGUGAGGCUAUGGACGAAGCAACAACCGCCGCAGGAGUAGAACUGGCAAACCAAUCCUCGAACGCAUCGAUGAGUUUGCCAAUGAAUACACAUCUGCAUUCGUCUACAGAAACGGCUCCUCUGCAGGGGCAAGGAAUAUUCGGGAUGAAUUGUACCCUUGGUGGAAGCAAUGCGAGUUGCAAUUGGUUGGGAGUUAACGAGGCUAAUACAAGCGACAAUGCAAAUAGUACGAAGACUAGUAACAACAGCAAUCCGAAUCCGUUCUCGAUGCCCAUGCAAUCUCCAACGAGGAUGACGAUGAUUAGUGAGGCACCGUCCAUCGCCCCACUGCAUCACUUUCAAAAUUUUGCAUCUGCAACUGGAACUGCACCUACAGCUAUUAAUCCAUACGUGGAACAAAUUCCCUCUGGUGCAACAAGUCUUACAAGCACAAACAAUACGAAUUCUACGAUCGGAACUAUCGAUGGCGACAACACUUUAAAAACAGGCCUAGGAACAAUUCUACCGUCUUCGACCCUGACCAAUCCCAUAAUAUCGCAACCGACGACCACGGCAGCGACCUCGACCAAUGCAUUACCGAAUGCAGACCCCUCGGGAGUAGCAUCCAUUUGUUCCGCCAACUCUAGAAAUUCUGCCAAUUCACGAGGUUCUUCCCAUGCUUCGUCCUCGAAGAGGAGAGGUUCGAACAAGGGAGGCGGCGCAGACAAGACAUCCGUAUCGUCUCGCAAGCGGUCACGAACCACCACGGCCGUUUCGGAGAGCGAGGACGAUUGCUCUCGCAGAAGACAGGAUCGAAAUCUUAGGGAACAACGGCGCUCUCAAAAGAUUACGCACCAGAUUGAUCAGCUUCGAGAGGUCUUGGCGGCUGCGAGCGUUCGAUUCAAACCCGACAAGUACUCAACGCUGGUGAGCGUAGUUGAGUACGUGAAGCAAUUGCAGAGACGAUCAACUAUGCUUGAUCAGGAACACAAAAAGUUGCUGGAUACAAUAACUAGAACCAACGAAAUGGUCAACGAGCCAUACCUUCAAAAUUCAGGUGUCUCUGCCGCUUCUGCGAUAGCUGGCGGCGGGGGUAAUAAUCCUGGGAUGGGCAAUAGAGCGGAGAACGCCCAGCCAGACUCGGCCUUGUCCGGAGGGGCUGGUGCUACCAACAGCAGCAAUUCGAAUGCUGUUAGCGGCGGUCCGAAUGAUAUUUUCAACGAGGACGAACUAGUGUUUGUACGCAAUGUAGACUACAAGUCUAUUUUCGACAGAUGCGGAAUGCCGCUAGCCGUGGCAAGCAUUGAUGGACGACUGAUUGACUGCAACGCUGAAUUUGUGAAAAUGACCGGGUUCGAACGAACAGAUCUUCUGCCAGCGGAACAACAGCAACAUCGUAAGCAGCCAAGUUCUGCCAUAAUAGCGGAUGACGUUGGUUCAUCACACUUGUCGGGCGCCGUUUUUCCUGACGCAGCAUCCAGUAGCAGCAACGGCAACGACAGCAGCACGGGCAUAGAACAGGAUCCGAAAACACAGACCAGUUCCGCGAAAGCAUCCCAGAACGUGAAUGCUGUUAGGAACUUUUCCCUAUUCAACCUGCUGAGUCGGAACCAUAUGGAAAAAGUUUUUGUCUCUCUGAGUGAAAUGUUAAAAAAUCCACCGAAAGAAGAGUGUGGGACAGGUUUCGUAUCGAGCGCCGACUACUGGGCGGGCAACGUCAGACUCAGKCGGAAUACACAUUUGGAGGUAUGUUAUGCAACGUUACUAUGCCAUGGUAUGCUUCAUGUUGUGUUGCAUGUGCAUUUGUUACAUGGGUUUUGUCACUGAACAAUACUCACACACACCCCUUUCAAUUGACUUAUGAUCGUCACGUCUUUUAUUCCGCAGGUGCGAAUGAACGUUUCGCUCGUCA